GGCGGACGGGCGGGAACAAGGGCAGUAACCAGGAAGUGAAGUUGGGUGACAGAAUUUGACAGAAAGAUGUUUACCUUAGUUCAGUCCUGUUAACUAUCUUGUCUUUUGGACCAGGAGACUGACACGGAGUACCGUUAGCUACAUCAGCGAUAGCAAACAGGAAAACAAAAAUGGUGACUGUACGAAAACGAAAAGAUGUUCGAACAACACAUACUAGCACUCCUGGUGGUUUUAAGGAGCACGUGCCCCAGCAGGAAAAUCACCGCUUCCACUUUGACCUGUGGUUCUGCCUGACUCUGCAGAACUGGACUCUGGACUUUGGAAGGCCUAUAGUUAUGAUUGUCCUUCCUCUGGAGUGGUUUCCCCUCAACAUGCCCAGUGCUGGAGACUAUUUCCAUAUGGCCUACAAUGUUAUAACACCAUUCCUAAUGCUCAAGCUGAUUGAGCGCAGUCCCAAGCCGCUGCCUCGCUCAGCAGUCUACCUCUGCAUCAUCACCUUUGUCAUGGGAGCCAGCAUUCACCUGGUGGGAGACUCCAUCAACCAUCGGCUCAUCCUGAGCGGCUACCAGCUCCACCUGUCAGUCAGAGAGAACCCCAUCAUCAAAGACCUCAAGCCUGCCUCACUGAUCGACUCCUUUGAGCUGCUGUACUAUUACGACGAACAUCUGGGGCACUUGAUGUGGUACAUCCCUUUCUUCAUCAUACUGUUCCUCUACUUCACCGGCUGCUUCACCAAGGCUGAAAAGCAGAAGAAGAUUCCCGUCUCUGGUUGGCUGUUGCUGGGUCCAAGCUCUCUCUACUAUUGGUACCUGGUCACUGAGGGACAGAUCACAGAACUUUUCCUCCUCACCUUUGUUGCCAUGGUUCUCAUGGGGAUAUAUCAAAGGCGCAAAGGCCUCAGCUUGGACAGCAACGGCCUGUUCCUGUUCUACAGUUUCACUGUCACCGUGCUGCUGGUGGGUCUGUGGGUGGCCUUUCUGUGGGAUGAUCCGGUGCUACGAAACAAGUACCCCGGACUGGUAUAUGUGCCAGAACCCUGGUCCUACUACACCUUACAUAUCAAGAAGGACCACUGAAUUACGUCUGUACAGGUUUGUGGUGACAGAUUUCACAGCUGCAUUUGGAAAAAGGUGACAACAAUGGAGUUAGUAGAUGUGCACCAACGCCACUGUUAAAGAAACGGUUCUGCUGAUAUAUUCAGAGAGGAAUUCCCUCUUACUUUCCUCUCUGUAUCUGAACAGGGCAACACAAACCUUUUCAAGUGUGUGUGCAUCAAUACAGAUUCAGAUUCAGAUUCAGAGAACUUUAUUAAUCCCAGAGGGCAACUGCAAACCAAAUUGCCCUCUGGGAUUAAUAAAGUUCUCUGAAUCUGAAUCUGAAUCUGAAUCUGAAUCUGAAUCUGAAUCUGUAUUGAUGCACACACACUUGAACAGGUUUGUGUUGCCCUGUUUGUCUGACUUUGGACGUGCUGUCAGAUCUAAAAAGCUGCUUGGGUUUUCUGAGACUAUGAUAGAUUUUACACCUUAGGCUAACACUGUGUCAUAAUUACAUAAUACAUGCAACAGAUUAGCAGAAAUAAAUGAGACUUCUAAUUCUUUAGAUAAUUGAAAAUUCUUUAUAUAUUUUUACCUUGCCUUAUGUCAGCUAUCUGAGACAGAUAGCUUCUUGUGUCUCGAUUUUGACUUAAAGGUGGAAAACCAAGGCCGGGACGACCACACUGGAGACAAAAAUAAGCUGCUUUUACAGACUAAGCCACCCCCAAUACCCAGCCUCCGCAAACCAACCAGUAUUACAAACCGACUCCAGGUUCUUUGUAUGUUAGUCUGUGUUUUUAUGUCAGCAGUUCUAAAAGCAAAUAGUUACUCAGGCCCUUUACAGAAACAGAGUUUAAGAUUUGAAAAUAAUACAAGAAAGGAAUCAGACCUCUUUGACGUUUCAGUUUGUGCCUGAGCUGUGAAUAUUACUGAAAGACUUCGUAAGUCAAAAUCAACCACAAAGUAAAAGGUCCCACAUUCAUUGCACCUUUAGAAAAUAACAUCAGAGGUUAUUCUCCUUUAGGUUACACUUAAGUUAUCCAGACUCAACAUUUGAUGCUGAAGAAAGCUGUGGACCAGAUGCCUUUCAGCAGCAGAUGAUAAAGUUGUUUUCACUCAAGGUGAUUAUUUGCAAUGUGUUCAUCGAGAUAUAAGAAAAUGAUCUUACUUUCCUUUUGAAUCAAACGCAAUGCAAGUGACUGAUGUGAACUUGAUCUUUAACAUCUCAGAAGAAUAACGAGUUCUUCAAUUAAAUGACAGAAAGCUGCUCCAUUUUUGCCUCUGGAGAAAAAGACUAGCGGUGAUUCCUGACUGACACGCUGGUGGCCUUUGAGAUGCACAAACUUAAAUAACAUCAUAAUAGAAAGACAUCAUAGGAUGGUACUUUUAAAAUAACAACAGCAUGACGCAAAACUAUAAAAAAAUUAAAUUGAAGUUUGGCAAAAAACAAAAUACUUUAAGUAUAACAUUGCAGAGCCAGAACUUUGAUGGACUGAGCAGUGAUGCAUACACAAUAGGGUCUGUUUUAAAUUUAGAAAUGAAGUCUAGAAUAGACAGGAUUUGGAGCAGGAGUUAAAAGCAGGAUACACAAAGAAGGCCUGUUUUGAAGCAUUAACAAAAAUAGAAGUUCUCUCAGGUAUUUAAAGUUUGACACUUUAACAGAUGUUAGUGAAAUGUAUUCUGUUAUUCAUGUAGUCAUAAGAGCUGUGAACAAUUCUGUUUACCUUCAUGAGCAUCGUUCUGUUCGAUACCGUCUCAGCAUCAUAAGGUUCUUCAUUACAUUAUCUUUGACGUGAUGUUUUUGUAUUGUUUAACAUUUCAGUGUUCACAAUUGAGCCUGUCGCACAAAAGCGUCUGCAUUAUUUAGAGGGUGGAGGAAACAUGAGCUGAUGACUUUGGAGAUUCAAAUGAAUUGACUAUAAUUAUCUGAAAAAGUAAAGCUUCACAAUAACGUUACUGUCCUUCAUGUUAAGUUGUCGUUGUUACUGUUCUGAACUUUAAUGCUCUUUUUGUUUAAGAUGAUUUCUUGCUGAUGAAAUACUGUUGAGUUACUUGUUUAUUUUUUAUGUUUCAUAUGUUCUUCUGAAUAAAAAAUGUGACUUUGACCUUCUA